AUGGCGUCAUCCGCGCGAGCUGUUGACUCUGCCAUUGGCCUCGACGACAGCUUGUACGAUAGUUUCCGCUGGUUAGAUGAAGAGGAGGAAAUUGACCUUAGUCUUGGUGACUACCACACUCAUAUAACGGAUGCCAACAGGCACAGAUCGGCGCCUUCGUCGCGGUCCUCUGGCCUGCGGUUGCAGCGUCGACCACCCUCUUUGCGCCAACAGCCCUCUUUUCGUCGAACAUUGUCAUUCAGUUCCACAACCCGUGGCCAAAACAGCAUAUCGAGCAAAAUCCCUUCUACUAGCCAAUCUUCCACCGUCCCUUCGUCCUUCAUAAGCUCUACUCCGUCGACUAUUCACAAACGUUCAUUCUCUCGCCCCAAAUCCAGCGUACCCAUCCUGCGACAUAUAUCUCAAGGGUCCCUCUCUUCUCUUGAUAGUCCCGCACAAUACUACCAAGAUCCAGAAGCCCGUCUGAAGCUACGAGUGUACCUCGCAUCCCCACAGAAAUUCGACGAAGCGAUCGAAUUCGGAUUCCCAUCCCUCGAUAACAAGGAGAACAUUCAUCCUCCUCGCCUAUCACUUGAGCCACGGACAACCCUCGAAUCCGCCCGAACCUUCCUGGAGGACGCCAGCACCGUUGAGUUCCCAGACAUCAUCCAUGAGGAUGGGGAUCUGGUCGACUUCUCCAUGGACUCCCCAACCCUCCCUUCCCCGAAUUCCCACCAUACCAAAUCUCCCACCACAACAAGCGGCACUGCCUCACCAUCCCCCCGCAUAUCACACAGUAGGAAGUUCAGUGUCGAAAAAUCCACCCCACAAAGAUCUAUACAACCCAUCCCGCUUGGCUAUGCCCAAAAUACACCUGGCAACCGCGAGAUGACGCUAAAAAUGACCCUUACAAGGCCUGACUUGCGCACGGCGGACUCAGCUGGGAACGUGUCACACAGCAUUCCGGAUCUUGAUGAUCCAUUGCGGUUGGCCGAACUUCCAGCGGUAGAUGAAAACCACCCAAUCUGGAAUGCGCCAGCCGAAGACACGAAUAUGGUGAAGAAGAUGUGGCGCAAGCUCCGGAAGCGGCGCGGUUGA